GAAACGAUUUUGUUCAGUUUCUCAUCACCUCAGCUCGCAAACGAGACAACAAAAUCAAAGUGAAAGAAAAAGAAAACAUCUUAGAAACAUCUUGGAGAAUUUUUUUGAUGAAGUUGAUUCAAAGUUUGUGUCUUAUUGAUGAUUACUGCUGACAAUAAUAAUCAAUGAUAAAAGACACAUGCAGCUCAGAGAUGAAAACUAAAUCAUCAGACAAAGUGAAACAGAAGGAGAAAUACAAGAAAGACAUGCAGAUAAACCAGAUGCUUUCUGACCUAUAAAACAUUAAACCAUCUUUAAUUAGAGCGAUAAAUGUUGGAUGUUUUCUCCUUUCCAGAUGAUGAUGACUCCAAAAGUCAGGAUAGGAUUGAUGAGGGAGCUGUUGGCGUGCAGCAGCAGACCACCAUGGUGGAGGUGGCGGCAGCAUCCGGAGGUUCAGCAUCCAGCAGUCAGUCAGCAGGAAGAGGAGGAACAAAUGAUGGAGCAGCAGGAAGUCCUGCAGGCCAGGGAGCUGAUUCUUCUUCUGUGGCCUCAUCAGGUAACUUUCAUCGUCCAUCAGGUCACAUGACUGCGGCUUCACAACCUGCAGGUUCUUCCGGUUCUUCCAGUUUUUUCUCUGCUGCUCAGGCUCAACUUGAAGCUUCCAAUGGAGUCGACUCAGAAUCCACCGGUAAUGGACAGAAGCUCCUAAAUGGAGGAAUAGUAGGAGGAGGAGGUGACAGUCAGACAGGUGUUCUGGGAUCGUUUGGGGGUGGAGUUUCUCACCCAGAUUACACAGGAACCAUUCGCCCGCCCGGCCACGACUUCCUGCUCGGACUGAUGGGUGGAGGUGAUCCAUGGGGACCAGGUGCUCACAUGCAAAUCCCAGGUCACAUGACUCCGCCCACUCAGCUGGACUCUGCAGUUUCAGUGAUGAGUUCAGGUGUGACAGCAGCUCCGUCUGCAGAUCAGAACCGUGGCAGCAGCCUGGACUCACCUGCAGAUCCUGCUCAACACUCUGACAUCAGCAUUAGCCAAUCAGGACCAGACCACACCUCUCUGAGCUCCGUCUCAGACUCGUCCCACUCCACAGCCCAGGGAGAUGAAGCCGACACACCUGAUGCUAAUGGAAACAGUCGACAGACUCUGCUGACGCACACAAACUCAGUGACGGACCGACUCGUUCCCCUCAGCGAGCUUCAGACUCACCUGCAGACGGAGCCCACAGGUGUGAUGUCAGCAGGUGGAGCAGAGGAAGUGACGGGCCUUCACAUCGGCCUCACAGUGUCAGGUCUUGGACUCGGCCAUGAUGUCACAGAGUCGUCCCCCAUCGCCCUCCACACAGAGUCUGGAGACAGCUUCUCACACACACUGCACCCAGCAUCAGGUGGUUACUCCCACACAGACGUGGUUACCAUGGCAGCAGACUCCACAGGGACAGACACAGGUCGUCCAGCUGUGACAGAUCACACGCAGAUGGCUGGUUCUGCUUGUUCUCUGCAGGUUCAGUCACUGAACAGUACAACCCAUCUGGUCAGGGUCCUGAAGGUGCAGAAAAUGUGGAACUGGAGGAUACCUGCUGACUUCCACAUCAAGCCGCGAGUUCGAUUCCUGCGCUAUCGAUUCCAGUGUACCAACCAAUCAGCACGGCCCAGGAAAUCAGACCCCUCCCACUAGCUGCAGGCCCCGCCCACUGUGCCGUUUUAAAUAUUUAAGUCUUGUUUAUAGACAUUUAUGUUUUAGAGAGAAUCACUGAGUUUCGGCUGAAUCUCCACCGACACGAUUGGUGAUUCGACUUGCUGACAUCAUAAGAGAUGUGACAUCACCAACACGUCAGGAUUGUAAAAUGUGGUUUCAAUCUUCUUUAAUAAAUGUUUGUUUUUUUCUAUUUUGAA